CCACCAAAGCUACGGUAGUGAUGACAGAGAGGAUGGCGGGGGCGGGGGCAGACCUGGUUCUCGUGGUAACGCCAUGCUUCUACAAGGGCAUGAUGGACAGCAGGGCGCUGGUUCACCACUUCACACAGGUGGCAGACAGUAGUCCAGUACCAGUAGUUCUGUACAGUGUCCCGGCUAACACAGGUCUUGACCUCCCUGUUGAUGCUGUGGUGAGACUGGCCCAACACCCUAACAUACUGGGACUCAAGGACAGCGGAGGAGACAUCACCAGGAUCGCUCUGAUCGUUCACAAAACGAAGCCGCAGGAUUUUCAGGUUCUGGCGGGUUCCGCUGGGUUCCUUAUGGCGGCGUAUUCCGUGG